ACAAAACUACUGGUGUUUUCCCGGUUAGAGGGUAGAGAUACAGAUCCAGGUUGAAAGAACGAAAGAAGAUGGGGAUCAGAUUCAUAUUGAUGGUGAACAAGCAAGGGCAGACUCGUCUCGCCCAAUACUACGAGUGGCUUACCCUCGAAGAGGGCCGUGCUCUCGAAGGCGAGAUCGUCCGCAAGUGCUUAGCCCGCAACGAACAACAGUGUUCAUUUGUUGAGCACCGGAACUACAAAAUUGUAUAUAGGCGAUACGCUUCGCUGUUUUUCUUAGUUGGAGUUGACAACGACGAAAAUGAGCUUGCAAUUCUGGAAUUUAUACAUCUCUUGGUAGAAACCAUGGACCGCCAUUUUGGCAACGUGUGUGAGCUCGAUAUCAUGUUCCAUUUAGAGAAAGCUCAUUUCAUGCUGGAGGAAAUGGUUAUGAAUGGUUGCAUUGUUGAGACAAGCAAGGCUAACAUUCUGACUCCAGUUCAGCUGUUGGAGAAAACAUCAUGAGGGAGAAGAAAAAGGCUCAGUUUUCAAUAUCGAGUAUGCUUAUUUUCUUUGAGAAUCCCCGCAAGUUGUUUGUUAUUUUAUCCCGGCUUCUCUUCUGAUUUUGUUCACCUUUUUCUUUUCCAUUUAGCCUUUUCAAGUUUUGCACGUACUGCUGGUACAAUAAGCUAAAUAGAACUAGUUUUCAACAGUUCUUUCCACGCAAA